AUGUGUCUCUGGAGGCCUAAGAUUGUAGUGGCGCUCUUGUCCAGCUGGGCCUUUAUCUCUUUGACAUGGGCCUCUUUUGUUAUAGAAGACUACGAGGGUCCUAGAAUCGGGCUGGAGACGUUGAGAAGUGAGGAAGAGAUCUCAUGGUUAUACGAUGAGUGGCUAAUGACGGUCGACAGGACGUACGAGGAACCUGGGGAGAGGCAAAGGAGGUUUGAGAUCUUCAAGGAUAACCUUCUCUUCAUUGACGAACACAAUCAUCCCAAGAACAACCACACCUACACCAUCGGUCUUAACGAGUUGGCUGAUCUCUCUUACGAAGAGUAUCAAGCCAAGUACCUCAUCCCUUCGAUAGGCGAGAACCCCCUCUUUUCCUCUGGGCGUGGUGACGAGCUUGCAACUGAAGAGCACGGCGAUGGAGACCUGGAACAAGUACCCGAUUUCAAAGACUGGCGGAUUGAUGGUUCGGUCAGCGCUGUCGUCAACCAAGGGUCCUGCGGUAAGUUUGUUCUUUUUUUUAAUCUCACUUGUAGCGCCGUCAACCUCUCCAGGGCUUCACGAGGACUGGCUUGUUGACUGACGGCAUCAGCCACGCUAAAACACAAGGAAUCACACGAAUCCACACGUUAAAUAUCAUCUACUUCAGACUUAAGCAUGUUAACUGUGAUAAAAGGGAGUUGCUGGGCUUGGGCGGCUGCUGCUGCUGUGGAGGGACUUCAUCACAUUCGUACAGGACAAAUGAUAAGAGUUUCCGCGCAGCAGCUUGUUGACUGCGAUUCGCGUUCCAGCGGUUGUGAGGGCGGGUCGCAGAGUCGCGCCAUUUCCUAUAUUCAACAGAAUGGCGGCGUUGAUUCCGCGGAGAAUUACCCCUACACAGGGAAAAAGGGCGUGUGUAGAACGAACAGCGUAAUACAGCAAAAUACUUGCCUUUUCUUCUUUCCUACUUGUCCAAUAUUUUUUUACAUCGGGGCGCUGUUUGUCUUCAAAAGAUAACUCCUCUCUCUGUUAUAUCCUCGUAGGCUAAACUCGUUUCGGUGAAUGGGUGGAAGAAAGUCCCCGAGAUCUAUAGUGAAAUGAAACUAAAACAGGUGGUUGCUGCACAACCUGUCGCUGUUGCCACAGAUGCACUCAACAGAAUUUUUCAUUUGUACAAAGGGGUAAGAAAUACUGCAUAUUACAGAUUUGUCGAUGCAUUAUCAGUAUAUUGUGUAUUUGACACAAUGAGAAAAUCGUUUUAGGAACUAUUCAUAAAACUGUUAUUUAAACAAGUUUUCAAAUAAGGAACCGUUUAGAGGUAAGAUAAUUUAUGCAUGCAUAGAAGUGUAUAAGAAUGUUAGACCUUUUACCAACUAUAAAUGUAGGAUUGGACGUUUUGUCUUAUUGUACUAGUAUAAUAUUGAUCAAGUCAUAUUGCCCAAACGUAUUAGUAUCAUAACAAGAACAACGGUUAGUGUGGUUCUAAAUUUCAGUGGCAUGAAUGCGUGAGAAUAAUGUAAGUUUAUACAUUUCUAUGGAGUGACUCCUAUGUAUCCUUAUAUCUAAUCUUCUAUAGAUUGUGUUUAUACAAUGAUUAAGAUCCAUUGGACAUACAUACAAAAUCAACUAUUAAGAUUCGAGAGCACAAAAUUGAUAUUGGAUUUUUUUCAUGGAAGGCUUGAACUGUUAGUGUAGAUAAAUUAAGUUUCGUAUCUAUUUAAAUAUCCUUUUAAGUAUGCAAUCGAUAGCACCAUUUGAAAGCCCUUGACAGUCUUAUCAAUGAGGGUAUUGAAUUAUCUGUUUUUUUUUAUUUUCCUUGUAACAAAAAUAAUGCUACAUAUCCAGUGAAAGAUGCAUUUUUUGAAAUUAGAAGGUUAACCUAUAGCAUUGUUUCAGUGAGAGAGGGAUUUGUCAACCAUAACGAGCUUUAGUCGAUGCUAAAAAUCCAUAAGCGAAUAUCAAUAUCAUAGAAUUUAGCUGAAACACCUUACUAAUGUGGAUUGAGGUAACUUAAAAAUCAGAAUAUAAAAUUUGGGAGAUGGCUAGGAUUAAUUUAAAGAGAAAACUUUAUGGAAUGAGAUAGAUAAGCAUACAAUAAAUCGCAUAAUGCUUCUUCAUCAAUGUCAUUGUACAAGAACUUGUGUUUAUUAUUAUAAAAUAUGCUGCAGCAAAAACAUGAUUAGCAACGAAUGUGUCAUGCACACUUUAUUUAAUUUAAAAAAAUUAAUUGUAUCCUUGAAACUAUGGAUGAUAAACAUAUUUUUUUAUGAAUUAAAUGGAUGGGCUUAAGAUUGCACCGAAUCUUUCUAUGUCAUGCAAAUGAAUGAUCUUUUUAAAUUUAAGCACAAAAGAACUCAUUUUUUAAAAAUUUUACUUUGAGAAAAAAGAGUUAAAGAUAUAAAAUGUAUUAAUUGGUAACAAGUUCAUGCACAUUAUAGAUAUAUUUUUACAUUUUUUAUAUGUAAUUCUUAAUGAUUUAUGUUUCUAACAUUGAUUAUUUUUCUUUUCUUUUACAUGGUGUCGACUAUAUUUAUAAUUUAAACUUACAUAUAAGCAAAAAGUGAGAAUUUGUGUUUUCUUUUGCAGGGUGUAUUCAAUGACAAAUGUAACACAACGGUAAAUCAUGCCAUGACUAUUGUCGGAUAUGGUGUUGAAAAUGGGCAAGACUAUUGGCUAGUCAAAAAUUCUUGGGGCUUUAAUUGGGGAGAAAAUGGAUAUGUGAAAAUGGCACGCAAUGUCAACCAAAUUUAUGGAUUGUGUGGAAUUUCAUCUGUGGCCGUUUAUCCUGUGAAAUUUUAG